GUUUGCGUAUGGGCGCUAACGUGCCACGUGCUACGAAACGCCCGGGAUGUGCCAGAACGGUGGUUCCGAAGUCGUUCAGGUUCCUGAUUGCAGCUCUCCAUUGCGCUCGUUGAGCAAGGGGUGCGUGCGUCGCUCGAUCCUGUCUGUUUAAGCUCGACACUUCUAGCACCCCAUCUUCCGAUCAUCGACAACCAUACCUUCCAAGGCAACACUCCGCGGGCUUGCCAGGACCAUGGCGACAAUGAACCUCGACCCCAAACCGCGUUCGUCUCUCAUCUUCUCCUCGUCCUCGUCAAAUGAAACCCCGCUCCCCUGCUUCCACCCCCGGGUGGGCCAGGUGUCCGUGCAGCGUCCAGAUGGAGCUGCGCCUAUUGCGAUCAAGACGCCGGGGAUGAUGACUGCGACCUCGCGCGGCGUCGUACCCCAUCUCUCGCGCGAUCACGUUCGGCUUACGAGGGCGAUCCGCUGGGUGCAUGUGCCCUUUGAAACAUUCCUCGAACAAAAUCCACCACUUCCCACCCUACAGCCAGGUUCGCAUCCGCUGCAUCGGUUUCUUGGAUUCUCGCCGGAAGACCGUGUGUUGUCCGUGUCGGCACGCGACCCAUUCGACGGAAGGGACAUGCCCGCGAACAACAAAGACUACGUCACCACAUACUGCGUACGGGGAGUGCGCAAGUUGACCGCAAACACUUGGGCGCAAUAUGGCGGUGCAUGUAAUCCGGACAUCAUCACCGCACUCUCGGAUACCCCCUUUACUCCUCAGCCGCACUCCCAGAAGCGGACAACCAAGUCUCUCGAGCGAUCCACAGCGUGGCUGGCAAAUCUCCGCUGCUCAGAUCCUAACGCGGCAGCGAACUCCCUCAGUAAUGUGGUCGUACACAUGGCAGGCGGCGCGAUCGUGCAAGCGCGGAGGGUCUUCGCAGAGAGGCUCGUGGAGGACCUCGAGGAGUCGGAGGCGGCCCAGUUGAAGCCUUACCGCCGGCUCGACGACGGCGUCGCGGGGUACGUAUUCGACCUCGUGCCCCUCCGCGCGGCUCUAUCUGCGCGGUCAAUGCCGCCUCGCGGAGCAAUCAAUACGCUCACCCCGACAUCCAGCGCCGACGCGAGCGCUGUGGACCCAGCCGCGCUGAGCGAGCUCUUCCGGGCGUCGCUGCUUCCUCUCCCGACACACAAGCCGCGCAUGGUCAACUCCGCGAGCUCUCCUCAUGAGAUGCUCCGCCUCAUUCGGGACGUCGGUGUCGAUCUCUUCGACGCGCACUGGGCCCAGCGGGCGGCGGACAUCGGCGUCGCACUCGAUUUCCGGUUUUCCAUCGUGCCGGGUCUUACUCAGCCUGUGGAUCCGGACGACACUACGUGCCCGAGGCCGAAGCUCCGUCCGAGUGGGAAGGCAGACCUGGGCCAUAAUUUGUAUAGCGGGGAGUAUGCGCACGAUCACUCGCGCCUGGCCGCGAGCUUCCUCGAUGGCAAGUCCCACGUGCAGCGAGCGGCGGAAGGGCUGCCAAACUUCAGGCCCGUCUGUCCCUGUGGUGCAUGUUCUCCCCGUAACCCCGAGACACACAUACUGCACAGCGCCGUGGACAGGAUGUCAUGGGAAACCCAGGUGGUUGCAGAAGGGCCCGAGCCGCCGUUCAUGCGGUCGUACGUGCACCACCUCCUGCACACGCACGAGAUGUCCGCGCACUCGCUGCUCGUCAUGCACAACCUCUCCGUGCUGGACGCGUUCUUCGCGGACGUGAGGGGCGUGCUCGAACGGGCGGAUGUGGAGGAGUUCGGUCGGCAUGUGGACUGGUUUCUGGACACGUACGACGAGGAGAUGCGGAUUUUUGACGAGGCGAAGGUCGAUUGGGCGAAGGUGGAGAUGGCGCGCGGGAAGGGGAGGCUUGCGAGGGAGAAGGUAAAACAGGCGGAGUCGAGUCUGGGUACGUCGGUUGACGUGUAGAAAGGUUGGCUGGCAAAUAUCAUUUGAACGAAUAUUCUGUCCGCUGAAUUAGACGGCAUAUGAUAGUAGAUGUAGUCUUCGGCGCACUGCCUAUGAUCAUAUACAAGCCCAGUGAGCGUUUGGCGAUACCAAUACAGUGUGCUCGGAAUCCCGUAGUGUGCGGCUCGAAGCGCAUAGAUCAUACACUGAAUAUUCCGAGCGACCUUUAUCGCUACUCGCGGGUUUCUCGCAACGUCCACUUCUCAAUAUAUGCCGGACAGGC